CUCAGCUGGUGGGGAAAGUGCUCGAAGCCUGAAGCUAUAAGUAUGAGGCGCGCCGCGCGCGCCGGCUAAAGCUCGCCGCUCUCUCAGACCAAUGUCACGGGCGCUCGUCUAAUACAUAUUCUUCGUCUAAUUACUUUCACAUCAAAGUGCAUAUUAUGCUAGUGUGUGUUCUUCUCUCUCGGAUUUAGCGCGACGUCAUUUUUGAAAGUUGAAUCAGUGUACAAUGACGACUGGAACAUCCCUCGUGCUGGCGGGCAGCUUCUUCGCGGCCAAGAACAAGUAUGUGGACGACGAGAACAUGAACGCCGUGUUGACAGGAAGGAUUUCCGGCAAGCGACGAGAUUACGAAUGGCAGAUUGUGUGGAGAAAUGUUCUGGCGUUCGUAUAUCUGCACGUCGGUCUUAUCUACGGUUUCUAUCUCAUUUUCACCGGCAAUGUCAAGCUAUGGACACCCAUUUUUGCGGUAAUAUUCACGCUCCUGUCUGCCAUCGGUGUGACCGUGGGCGCUCACCGACUAUGGGCGCACCGCGCGUAUAAGGCGCGCUGGCCCAUGCGCUUGGCGCUCGCCUUUCUCCAGACCAUGGCCUUCCAGAACCACAUCUACGAGUGGGUCCGGGACCACAGGGUCCACCAUAAGUACACGGAGACGGACGCGGACCCGCACAACGCGCGGCGCGGGUUCUUCUUCUCCCACAUCGGCUGGCUCAUGGUCCGCAAGCACAAGGAGGUGCUCGAGAGGGGCGCCCAAAUCGACAUGUCCGACCUUGAAAAGGACCCCAUCGUCAUGUUUCAGAAGAAAACGUAUCUAGUGGUGAUGCCCUUCCUGUGUUUCCUACUGCCGUCGUGGAUACCGGUGUACUGCUGGGGCGAGGACCCGUGGACCUCGUGGUACGUGGCCUCGAUCUGGCGGUACACGAUGUCGCUCAACUUCACGUGGCUGGUCAACUCGGCGGCUCACAUCUGGGGGAACAAACCUUUUGACAAAAACAUAGGCGCCACUGACAACGUGACCGUGGCCAUCUGCGCGGUCGGCGAGGGCUGGCACAACUACCACCACGUGUUCCCGUGGGACUACAAGGCGGCAGAGCUCGGCAACUACCGCACCAAUAUCUCCACGGCUGUUAUCGACUUAGCAGCUAAAUACGGUUGGGCGUACGACUUGAAGACCGUCUCCGUUCAAAUGAUCAAGAACAGAGUGGCGCGGACAGGAGACGGGAGCCACCCAUCCGUGCAAGAGACCAAGCAGGUCGAAGACGACCACGACCACGCCCACCCCGAGAACCCCGUGUGGGGCUGGGACGACAAGGACAUGCCCGAUGAAGACCGGCGAUUGGUGGAAAUAUCACAUCAGAAAUCAGAAUAGCGGAUAACACUAACACAGAGUAAAUUUCUGGGAAGGAAGUUUAGAGGGUAAUUGCCUACCACGACCCACAGUCCUACUAUUAGUUACUAACUUAUUAAGUUAUUAACUUCAACGAACUUUAAAUAAUGUUUAACCAGUAGGGAUCUACCUACCAACUAUGUUUGUGAUUUGUUGAAUUUUUUAACAAAUCAUAUUGAAUCCUAUUUUCUGAUAUUUAAAUUUCACAGCAUUUUUAACUGAUUAAUGGUCGCCAGAAAAUAGUUAAGCAUGGCGUGGCGUUGCUCUUUUCUGUUAAAUAGGUACCUAUUUUGUGGGUACUUAACGCUCUCUUGAAAAAGGAAAGACUAGAAUUAUGGGUUCUAAGUAUGUGUAAAAAAAAUUCAAACGGGGAAUUGGCACACUUAAGAGUCCGCAGCAAGCUCGGCCGAAUUUCACCUUCCCAUACAAACGGAGUUUCGUUCUCAUUUUAAAACUACGUGUUGGAUUGUAAUGAAACUGCAUACAUACAUUGUAAUGACAUAUGGCAUAUCUAGUCCUGUAAUUAGAUUAUAUAGCUCCAGUUUAUAAAACAAACGAAAUAGAGCAAAAACAAGUUUUGUGUGUAAAACUUAAAUUCGCUGUAUUUUUAACUAUGGUAUCUGAAGCCACGUAAACUGAUUAGGCAUAGAUAUACCUUAUCCUAUUGUAAGUACAAUUAUAUAAGACAAGCUUCAGAGCAAUCUAGCCAGUCGUUUUAUGAAGAAUGAGAGCGUAACUACGUUUUAUGAAGAACCGAGCUUGGUGCGUACUCUUAACUAUUGAUGCCAAACGGACAGUUUUAUAUGUGGAAUGUAUAAAAUAAUCUAAUGUUAAGUAGGUCUUAUAUGUGAUAUUUUAUACAUAGAGUUAGACCAAGAAGUCUGGAGAGAUUUUGACAGCACACGCAGUGCCAGUGUUAUUUAUACGUCAUAAUUUCAUAGAAGUUUGACGUUUAAUAUAACACCUGCACUUCGUGUGCUGCCAAAAUCUCUGCAGACUUUUCUUGGUUUAACUCUAGCAUAUAUCCGAUAUAGCUGGUAUUGGGAAUCGGUCUGGCUUGUCAAAUUAGUACGUAACUUUUUUCUAAAUGGCAAAACGAUAUGGAUCGUUAGCUAACAAGUAUUGUUAUUGUGCUGAGGGCAGCAUGAAAGUGGAUAUAAAUCGCCAACGUAUGGCAUCAUAGGUCAUAGAUAAUCAAACUAAAGGUAAUAUUUAUAAUGAAACGAAGCCCCAAACAUAAGUAAUAAAAAAACCGGCCAAGUGCGAGUCGGACUCGCGCACCGAGGGUUCCGUACUUUUUUGUAUUAGUUGUUAUAGCGGCAACAGAAAUACAUCAUCUGUGAAAAUUUCAACUGUCUAGCUAUCACGGUUCAUGAGAUACAGCUUGGUGACAGACAGACGGACAGACGGACAGCGGAGUCUUAUUAAUAGGGUCCCGUUUUUACCCUUUGGGUACGGAACCCUAAAAACUAUUGUAUGUCGUGGAUGUCGAAUGCUUUGUUUUCCGACAGUCCGGUCCGCUUUUGUUGCGCCCAGCGCCAUAAUAAGUAGGCACUUUUCGAGGCGCGAUACCUACCUAGAGUUAGUACGUAAAUGUUUUAUAUUUUUGUAAAUACCUACUUACUGACUUGAUAUUAAACAUCAACAGAACUACAAAGCUUUUACAGGAAAACAUUUUUGAAGAGUACAAUGAUUUUAUAGGAGUCUUUAUUUAACUUGCUGACAGAGGUUUUGAGUAAAAUUAUGUUGAUUAAUUAGGUGCUUUUAAAUCUGUUUUCAGUCUCAUAUUUAUUUUUUAUAUAUGUAAUGGUUACAUAUAAAGAUAAGUUAUAAUAAGUUUAAAGUGUAGUAUUUAUAACGAGUACAAAAUGAAUAUAGCCCAACUCUUUUCUAAUUGGCAAUUAUCUUGAUGUGCGAUUCGUAUCAAUUUCACUGGGCUAUUUCAGUAAAAAAUUGUAAUUUAAUCGUAACUUAACCUUUGGUAUGCUUAGGUGCAGAUCUGCUCCAUAUAUGUAUAUUCAACUUAAACAUGAGGUGUCUAGAUGGCAAUUUU